AAGAGGCUCAUGAUUAUGCUAUUUAAAUUUUGAAUAUCUUUCUUAUCUCCUACAAUAGUUUCACUUUUUUCAUAAAAAAUAUUCUCUGCAUUUUUGUUACAAUUUUUCUAUUCUAAAGAGUUUCACUUUCCAUCAAUAUAAAAAAGUGAAAAACAAAUGAACAAAUAUAUAUAUAAUUCAAUUUAACAAACCGAAUCGACCGGUUAUUACAAUCUCAUCCAGCUGCAACCUCGUUGUUUCAUAGCUCCAAUCAUGUUGAUGGCUUUUCUCGUCUCUUCUGCUUCUUUCCACAAACCAGCUCCUGCGUAUAUAUUCGACAAUUGAACAUAAACCGAUGGAUCAUUCUUCUCUUUCUCCAUUAGUAACCUCGCAACCAUUUUCCCUAGUUUCAAAUCUCCAUGAGCAGCACAAGCACUAAACAAAGCCCACCACACAUCUACCCGAGACCCAAUGGUCUUCUCGCUGAUUUUCACCAAGCUUUCUGCUUCAUCGAGGUGACCUGCUCGACCAAGAAGGUCAACUAAGCAUGAAAAAUGAUCCACAUUUGGUAUCAGACCGUGAAAUUCCACCAUUGAGUUGAAAAUCUCGAGUCCCUCUUUGACUAAACCGGCGUGGCCGCAAGCAGAGAGAACCGCUGAUAAUGUGGCUGCAUCGGGAUCCACCUUGCCUUCAUCUUGCAUCGUCUUGUAGGUAAGAACCGCACUCUCUCCUUUCCCGUGUCUCGCGUAUGCAGAGAUCAGAGAAUUCCAUGACACAGUGUCCUUAUCAGACAUCUGAUGGAAAACAGCAAGAGAUUUUUGUAGAGUCCCGCAUUGAGAGUACAUGUUUAUAAAGGCAUUACCAAUCAACGUCUCCUUGAAUUGCCCAUGUCUGAGGGCGUAAGCGUGAGUCUGCUCUCCGAGCAUCAAAGACGAAAUGUCUACGCAAAUGCUCAAAAGAAUGCUAAGAGUAUAAGCAUCAGGUAUGAUUAGGACCUCUGCUUCUAGCAAGCAAGAGAAUCUUUCCAAACCUUCAAAGGAAAACCCAUUAUGGUAAAACCCCGAGAUUAUCGCGUUCCAUGAGAUUAGAUUCUUCUUCGGCGAACUUUCGAAUAUUAGGUCUGCCUUUGUUAUCUUUCCGUGCUUCGAAUAGGCAGAUAUCAGUGCAUUCGAAAUUUCGAUCUUUGAACUAAGCCCGAAUUUGAUUACACACGCUUGAACCAUCUCCAGGGCAUCCAAAUCCAGAGAGCUUGCUAAAAGACUUCCGAAAGUAAACUCAUCCGGUUUAACUCCUAUUCCAUGCAUUCGCUUGUACAACAACAACGCAGACUGCCCCAAGUUCGCUUGGUUAUAACCAGAAAUCAUUGUAUUCCAAGUAAUCAAAUCUUUCUCUUCCAAUGACUCGAAAACCUUAUGAGCUGCACCAAAAUCCUCAAAAGAAGAAUACAUUGUCAUAGUGGAAUUGCUAACCAAAGUAUACUCUUCAUACCCUGUCUUGAUGGAUAGUCCAUGUACUUGGUGUCCCAUAGUCUCACAUGAACAAGAACUCAUUACACUAACAAAGGUCAGAUCAGUUGGUCUAAGACCAGCUUCGACCAUUUGUCUAAACACCAACAAAGACUCCUCUCUUUUGAAACCAGCCAAUCCAUCAAUAACCACAUUAAAAGUGACCUGAUCACGUACAGCAACAUCAGCUUCUUCAAACACCAGACGAGCAUCAACAACCACUUGGCAAUUGAAAUACAUUGUAAUUAGUGCAUUCACAACAGAUGAUGCAACAAAAAAUCCAGCUUUUAUAACUAGCGAAUGCACCUGCUUACCAAAAUCCAAAGAGCCAUAGUAACACAUACUCAAAACAGUAGCAAAGCCAAACUUAUCAUGUCGAACACCAAGCUUGUGCAUUUCUCGAAACAACUCAAUACUUGUUCCGUGAUACCCACUCUCUUUGCAACCAGUGAUCAUAGCAUUCCAAACCGCAACAUCAUCCCUCUCAGGCAUUUUAUCAAACACCUCAAAGGCAUACUCUAUAUCACCAAGCUUAAAACUUGCACUCAAAAGCGUCGUCCAUGAAUAAACAUCAGGUUCAAUAAUCUCUUCGAACUUCCUCUUCAACGAAGCUAAGUUCCCUAAUCUCGCGUAUAGCGAGAGAAGCGUAUUGGAGACGUGAGAGUGACACAAUAAACCAGAGCGAAUCGCAUAGCAAUGAACCUGACCACCGAAGAUGGUAUCACGGAGGUGCCCAGCUGCAGUAAUAGCUAACGAGACACUGUACUGGUCUGGUCUCAGAGUUAUACAACGGUGAACAUCGGCGAAGAGCUUGAGAGCGUUUCUGUUCUCGCCGGAACGAGUGAGAGCCGUUAGUCUCCGGUUUAAAUUGAGCAACGUAGUCGAGCUUUCGCCUAUGGCUGAUAGAGCUUUUCUCAUCAGUCAUCUAUAUGCUCUGUUGUUAAAGAAAGUUGUCUCUUUUAGGGUUUAAGUUUUCUAAAUGCAAGCAAAACAGAGGAAAGGAGAAGACUUUAAAAGACGAAAAGCUGUCGUUUUUAGAGAGUGAAGUGAGAGAGAGAUGCGUAGAUUCUCUACCAUUGUCGAUCUUCUUCUCAUCAGCAAAAAACCAUCUUCUCAAUCUCAAGCAAAUUCUCGAAUUGAUCUCAUUUGUAAAAGGUUUCACAUUUCAAGAGUUCUCAAUAACGAUUUCGUGGAAUCAACAGAGAGAAAGAAUGGGCUUGGUUUAGUUUUUCCAGAGAAGCAUGAGGAUGAAUUCGCCGGUGACGUUGAGAAGAUAUACAGAAUUUUACGGAAUUACCAUUCUAGGGUUCCGAAAUUGGAGCUUUCUCUUAACGAAUCAGGUAUUGAUCUGCGACCCGGGUUAAUCGUACGAGUGUUGAGUCGUUGUGGGGAUGCUGGGAAUUUAGGUUAUAGAUUUUUUCUAUGGGCAACGAAGCAACCUGGUUAUUGUCAUAGCUAUGAAGUGUGUAAAUCAAUGGUGAAGAUUCUUAGUAAAAUGCGGCAAUUUGGAGCUGUUUGGGGUUUAAUUGAAGAGAUGAGGAAGGAGAAUCCGGAGUUGAUUGAGCCGGAGUUGUUCGUUGUAUUGAUACGGAGGUUUGCUUCCGCUAAUAUGGUGAAGAAAGCAGUUGAGGUGCUCGACGAAAUGCCUAAGUAUGGUUUUGAGCCUGACGAGUAUGUUUUUGGAUGUUUGUUAGAUGCUUUGUGUAAGAACGGUAGUGUUAAGGAUGCUUCAAAGGUUUUUGAGGAUAUGAGGGAGAAAAUUCCUCCGAAUUUGCGGUAUUUUACUUCGUUGUUGUAUGGUUGGUGUAGGGAAGGGAAGUUGAUGGAAGCUAAAGAAGUUUUGGUUCAGAUGAAGGAAGCUGGACUUGAGCCUGACAUUGUGGUUUUCACUAACUUGCUUAGUGGAUAUGCUCAUGCUGGGAAAAUGGCGGAUGCUUAUGAUCUUUUGAAUGAUAUGAGAAAGAGAGGGUAUGAACCGAAUGCGAAUUGUUACACGGUUUUGAUCCAGGCGUUGUGUAGGACGGAGAAGAGAAUGGAUGAGGCGAUGAGGGUUUUUGUUGAGAUGGAAAGGUAUGGAUGUGAGGCUGAUAUCGUGACUUACACCGCGCUGAUAAGCGGGUUUUGCAAGUGGGGAAUGAUCGAUAAAGGUUAUAGUGUUUUAGAUGAUAUGAGAAAGAAAGGAGUCAUGCCGUCGCAAGUAACAUAUAUGCAGAUAUUGGUGGCUCAUGAGAAGAAAGAACAAUUUGAAGAGUGUUUGGAGUUGAUUGAGAAGAUGAAGCAAAUAGGUUGUCAUCCCGAUCUUCUCAUUUACAAUGUAGUGAUCAGAUUGGCUUGUAACUUUAGGGAAGUGAAAGAAGCAGUUCGGUUAUGGAACGAAAUGGAAGCUAAUGGUUUAAGUCCUGGAGCUGACAUGUUUGUUAUUAUGAUCAACGGAUUUACUAGCCAAGGUUAUCUAAUCGAAGCCUGUAGUCACUUCAAAGAAAUGGUAAGCCGAGGAAUAUUCUCUGCGCCUCAAUAUGGAACGCUGAAGUCAUUGCUAAAUACUCUUCUAAGAGAUGAUAAGCUUGAAAUGGCGAAAGAUGUUUGGAGUUGCAUAUCAAACAAAACCUCUUCCUGUGAGCUGAAUGUAUCAGCUUGGACAAUAUGGAUCCAUGCUUUGUUCGCAAAAGGUCACGUGAAGGAAGCAUGUUCGUAUUGUCUUGAUAUGAUGGAGAUGGACUUGAUGCCGCAACCUAAUACUUACGUGAAACUUAUGAAAGGAUUGAAUAAACUGUAUAACAGGACGAUCGCUGCAGAGAUUACGGAGAAAGUGAUGAAGAUGGCAAGUGAGAGAGAGAUGAGUUUUAAGAUGUAUAAGAAGAGAGGUGAAGAGGAUUUGAUUGAGAAAGCUAAACCUAAAGGUAAUAAUAAAGAAGGGAAGAAGAAAGGAACAGAUCAUCAUAGGCAUAAAGGAGGAGGUGAAAGAAGUAGAGCUAAAGCAUUGUAACAUUUCCAAAAGAAGCAAGUUUAGAUUUUUUUCUUAUAGCUGAAUAAAACAGUGUUUCUUGUUUUUGCUU